AUUAUUAAUACAUAAAAUUAAAACCAAUUUCAAUCAUUUCACACCCCAUACUAUGCGUUAUUGAAACUAGUAGAAUGUUUCAAUUCAAUCAGAGUUUCUGUAGACAAACUUAACGACUAUAAUUUUUAGAUCAAGUCACGAAAAUAUUCCUCUCAAUGGCUCUGUGUCGUUUCGCUUGGUACAAACUACCAUUUUUCGCCGUUAUACACGCACUAUUCUGGCUGCCAACCACGUAUCUGAUCGCGAUUUCCAAUGACCAUAUUUCACCAGUCGUACCAUAUGUAAGCGCACUUGGUAUCUAUCCACCGGAAAAAUACAUGUUCAUGAUUCUAAUGUCAAGUUAUGGAAUAAUGGCUACGUUGAGUCAAUGGAUUUGGUGUUGGGAAGCUGGAGUUCAAAUAAGAAAAAUGAGAAGAUCCAUAAUACUUCAUUUUCUAUGUUUAGUUGUUGUGGUAUUUAUGACGAUAGCUGGGAUGUGCAUAGUCGGACUUUCUUUUAUUAACACAAAAGAAAACAAUGCUGAACAUUAUCAUUUGACUUUAUUGAAUUUUAUUUGUCAUGUUAUUGCAAUUCCUUGUGGAGCAGUUGUAAUCGCCUGUAUUUCAAACAAAUGGAUAUUAUAUUGUUUUGGAAGACUAUUUGUUGUUAGUCAAAUGGUACUGGCAUCUGCUUCAUUUGUACAUUUCAAUAUGAUUGGACUUAAAGUUUUAAAAGCGAAAGAUUUCUUCUAUAUCAAACCUUAUGAAUCGGGUUAUAUUGAAUUUGUAUGGAGUGCAGUAAGCGAAUGGUGCGUUGUUUUGGGUUGUGCAGAAUUAACAUUUAUUAUAGCUUUGGAACUUCGAGAUUUUCAAAAAUCGGUUAUGAAUUUACAAAGAAGUUCCAAUUUAAAUGUGUAGUCGGUUUAAAAGGAAAAGAUCCAAAAUGUAAAAAAUAUAUUUUUUAGAUUAUUUUAAAAGAUCAUUGAAUGAAAAUAGUACAAAGAUCUAGGAUUUCUGAUUGAACAUAUUGUACAUAUAACUGACUAUUUAAAAUUACUUAGCUGAAAUUUAUAAACUUGAUAAAAGUUAGAAAUUGUGUUUUCGGUUAUUCAUAUAUUGAUUUUAUCAACACUGUGUCAGAUGUUUUCUAUGGAGAUGUUAUUUGUAUAUGGUAUCUUAAUAUAACAUUCUAGUUAUCAAGAUAUUUUGAUGACAAUAACUUGUACAGUAUUCAAAGCUUAUUUAUUGAACAAAUAAAAGAAAUAUUUCUAAUAAAUUGUGUUUAUAUCUGUUAUAACUUGUGACCGCCGAUUAGGGAGCAGUGACUUAUCGAUCGUAUAAAUGACGCGUAAAACACGUGCGAGCAGUCUAGAGUUCUGAUUGGUCCUGCUUCCUGACUAGCCCAGCCAGUUAAGUCCAGAACACAAGUUUCAGCCUCUGUGAUAUGAAUAAUGUAUUUCAAACAUACUCUGUUUAUACAGCAAUCAAACAGACUACAUCGUACCAUAAAAUAGAAAAUAACAUUUGUACAAUAUUUGGCCAACAGGAAAAUGACACGUGAAAUAAAUAUUGACCAAUAGGAAAAUGACACCAUGUCACGUCCAAGGAUAGCAUUAGACUUAACAGGAUGAUUUUUGGGAUAUAUUUCUGAAUAUCCCAACAAUAUCUCAAUAAUUUAUAGGAUAUUCUUUAAUGUCGGAUUGUUUGAUGAUAU